UUCAUCGUGCCUUCGAGCAAAUAUCUGAGGAAGAAGGGAGGGGGUAUGUCAUCGGUGCAGUCAGGAAGUGUCUCUUCAGUGGGAUCGGGCGUGCAAAUCGGUGUGGAGAAGAGGGAUGCACUGGGGGUUGGCCAUGAAGUCCACGUGCAGAGGUUAGGGGCCAGUGGUUCAGGUCUGGACUGGAAUUCCGAUUCGGCUUCAGUGCAGGGGCGGAUAGGUGACUCCAUGGGUUGCAGCAAUGAUCCCCCGUCACCAAACCUUCAGGACUCCGCAGCUGGUGUAGGAGAUGGAGCUGAAGGGCUUGGCGAUUCUAGCUGGUGUACCAAUCCAUCUGUCAAACUUCAGCUUGACGACUCUGAUGCAGCAUCCGAGGCCGCUGAGUACAUCGUGGAUGUCUGUAGUUCUGAGGAAGAAGAGGGCGAUGCUACCAGCUCGGCAACAAAGAAGCGUCGUGUCGCCUAGAUUUGCCAGGGAGCAUCGACGACAUGGUGUUCUUGUCUCAAUCAUGCUUUUGUCUGAAUAAUGCUUUUGUAGUAGUUUAAAGCUCCACCAACGCUUGGAUUAAGUAGUAUACGGCUCUCGGGCUGAGCUGUACUAUGUACUAGUUGGGAUGUUCUUGGGCAGAAGCAUUUUUGGAUUAUGCUGUAUCUUCUCUUAAGAGCUGUAAUGAGCAGUC